AUGACCGUCGAUCGUACUCUCUCCAAAAACAUUGGAGUCCUCUUAUUACCACCUCUCCGACGAACGCUAAUCGCCGUCGCCGGUGGAAAAUCCAGUAUUACUCUCCGUCAAUGCUCUUCUUUCUCCGUCGUCAGAUCGAUCAAUAACAAUACAAAUGAAGAUAAUCGAAAAAUCAAAGCCUAUGCAGAAAACGGCGCUUUCGAUGUUGGAGUAUUGGAGGAAGAUUCUGAAGUGUAUUCAUAUAAAUUUGCGGAAGCAAGAACAAGGAGUAAUGAUUCGAAGAGGAAAACUAAGAUUGUGUGUACGAUUGGACCGUCUUCGAGUUCUCGAGAAAUGAUUUGGAAACUAGCUGAAGCAGGAAUGAAUGUAGCUCGUUUGAAUAUGUCUCAUGGUGAUCAUGCUUCUCAUCAGAUAACUAUUGAUCUUGUUAAAGAAUACAAUUCUCUCUUUGUAGACAAAACCAUUGCUAUAAUGUUGGAUACAAAGGGUCCUGAGGUUCGAAGCGGGGACGUACCUCAGCCUAUAUUCUUAGAACAGGGUCAAGAGUUUAAUUUUACGAUCAAGAGAGGUGUUUCGCUUAAAGACACCGUUAGUGUAAACUAUGACGAUUUUGUAAACGAUGUUGAAGUUGGGGACAUACUUUUGGUGGAUGGUGGAAUGAUGUCGUUAGCUGUUAAAUCGAAGACGAGCGAUUUGGUGAAAUGUGUAGUUAUUGAUGGUGGAGAGCUUCAAUCUAGACGUCACUUGAAUGUUCGAGGAAAGAGUGCGACUCUUCCUUCAAUAACAGACAAAGAUUGGGAAGACAUAAAAUUUGGAGUGGACAACCAAGUUGAUUUCUAUGCUGUUUCCUUUGUUAAGGAUGCUAAAGUUGUUCAUGAGUUGAAGAACUAUCUCAAAACCUGCAGUGCGGAUAUAUCGGUGAUCGUGAAAAUUGAGAGCGCGGAUUCUAUAAAGAAUCUUCCUUCGAUCAUAUCUGCUUGUGAUGGGGCAAUGGUUGCUCGUGGAGAUCUUGGAGCAGAACUUCCCAUUGAGGAGGUCCCUUUGUUACAGGAAGAGAUAAUCAGAAGGUGUAGGAGCAUUCAUAAACCAGUGAUUGUCGCCACAAAUAUGCUAGAGAGUAUGAUUAACCAUCCAACGCCUACAAGAGCUGAAGUCUCUGACAUUGCAAUUGCAGUACGUGAAGGUGCAGAUGCAAUCAUGCUUUCUGGUGAAACUGCGCAUGGAAAGUUUCCGCUGAAAGCUGUUAACGUAAUGCAUACUGUGGCGUUGAGGACCGAGGCAAGUCUACCUGUUAGAACCUCAGCAAUCCGUACCACUGCUUAUAAGGGUCACAUGGGCCAAAUGUUUGCUUUUCAUGCUUCUAUAAUGGCGAAUACAUUGAGCACACCGAUAAUUGUAUUCACGAGAACUGGAUCCAUGGCGGUUCUUUUAAGCCAUUACCGUCCAUCCUCAACAAUUUUCGCCUUCACAAACCAGAGAAGGAUAAUGCAAAGGCUGGCUCUUUAUCAAGGUGUAAUGCCUAUAUAUAUGGAGUUCUCUAACGAUGCAGAAGAUACAUAUGCUCGGUCUCUGAAACUCUUAGAGGACGAGAAUAUGCUUAAGGAAGGACAACAUGUAACUCUUGUCCAAAGUGGCGCGCAACCCAUCUGGCGUGAAGAAUCAACACAUCUCAUACAAGUCCGUAAGAUUAAGAUAGGUUGA